AGAGAUUAGAGGGAGUCGUCCUGGGAGAGUUGCGUCUCUCCUCGGAGUGGGGCGUGUGUCACCGGAAGUGCGUGCCAGCUGUGGUAUUCAGAGCCAGUUGCCGUUUCACGUUCGUCGUCGACUCUGCGAAGUACUUUGCGUUAAGAUGUCUUUAGCCAGAAGACUUAUCGGUGGCUUCCUGGAUAUUGUGAGCAACAUCGAUCCAGCUCAGUUUGUUCCCUCUGAACCUCCCCCACCACGCAGGCCGUUGGCGUACGCAGAGCACAAUGAGUCCGAAGAGGAUGCCAAGUUCCGCAGAGUCUUCAAGCAGCUCGCUGGAGAGGACAUGGAGGUGAGCCCCAAGGAACUGAUGGACAUCCUGAACAAGAUCAUCUCUAAACAUGCCGCCCUGAAGACAGAUGGCUUCAGCAUUGAGUCCUGCCGGAGCAUGGUGGCCGUCAUGGAUAGCGACAGCACCGGAAAACUUGGAUUCCAUGAGUUCAAAUACCUCUGGAACAACAUCAAGAAAUGGCAGGCAAUGUACCUGAACUUUGACCAGGAUGGCUCUGGGGUCAUCAGUGGAAAGGAGCUCCCUGGAGCUUUCACCGCCGCAGGGUUCCCCCUCAACGAUCAGUUGUGUCAGAUGAUAGUCCGCAGAUACAGUGAUGAAAGCGGAAACCUGGACUUUGAUAACUACAUUGGAUGCCUCGUCAGGCUGGAUGCCAUGUGUCGUGCCUUCAAAACCCUGGAUAAAGAUAACAAUGGGACCAUCAAGGUCAACGUUAAAGAGUGGCUCCAGUUGACCAUGUACUCUUGAAUGGGGAGAAUUUUGCAACGGCCUACGACGGGGAACAACUUUAUAUAUGCCGCGAUGCCGUAUAUAUUUGACCUUUGCAGCGAUUAACUGUUUAUGAACCAAUAUGUGUGCAGGUUUUAUUUUAAUGUGGAAAACAUAUAGAUAAAUAUCUUAGAAUAUUUUUUAUACACGUCGUACUGCUCUGGUUUUUGGGAGAAAAACUAUAGGUGUCAGCAAUCAUUUAAGAAAACCUAGAAUUCGCACCAACCUUGUCUAUUCAAAAAACAAAACCAAAAAGGGUGCCUUCAGUGUAAACCUGCACCCAUAAUGGUAUCAGAAACUGACAAAAUGAUUCCCCCCUCAAUCAUAUAGCAUGGAUAUCUGGUCUGCCAUGCAUGAUUGGGGCUUUAUUUUAUAGUUUAUUGCAUCGCACAGGCUUUUUUUUUUCAUAUAUUCCGAGGUGGUGUGUAUUUUUCUAGGGAAUAAAGAGGGUUAGCCAUACUAACACGUUUGCACUGACACAAGGAAGACCCCUACUGAUAUUGGAACACAAUAAAUGGCAACCAGAACGCUUUUGCAAAACCAAUGUAUUAUUUUUCAAAUUAUUCUUAUGAACUAAUAUUGGUGCUUAUCCCAUAGUAAAUACAAACAAUGACUGAGUAGUGAGCAACCAUUUAAGUCAAUACAAAUAUUUAGUUUUUUCUGUUAGCAAUGGUUUGGUUGGCAAAGUUGAUAUUGUACCAUCUGUGGAGCUUUUAUACUUUUUUGUUUGUUAUGGAUUUGGUGCAUGGCCACAGGAUUUGCCAUGUCUGUAGCUUGUUAGGGUUUGCAGUGUUUUUUGGAAUGCCUACACAAAGUUAUAACAGCACAACUUUAGAACUUAGGAUAUCACAACAAAUGACCAUGCCAAUGCAGCGGAGAGGAGGGAUGCCAUUUAAAAAUACACGGUCUUUGCCAAAUUCACUGAACUGUUACCAAAAUGUCUAAUACUAAUGUGUGCUAUAUUGGAAAUAAAACACAUUAUUACAUUA